CUUAACAUUCCUCUCUCUAUCUUGAGCUAUCUUUGCAAGCCAAGAGGCGAGUGCUCCUACCAAUUCGUUAUAUCCCCUUCUUGCCACGUUGCUUCACCUAUCGGCACGUGUUCUUGGGUUUCGAGACAGACCUUCACCUAGCUCAACUCAACCGGCACUCAUCUGCACUCACAACAACUCUACAAGACACAACCACCCACAGGUUCAAACGAGGAACACCACAACAAUGCCUAUGAACUGGACCCCCUCGAACGAUCAGAUUCUGCUUCUGAAACUGAUCGAGACGCAUAAUAUCUCCGUCGAUGGUGAUAAGAUCGCUAAGGCAUGGCCUCCGGGCGACGUCCAGCCUACGAAGCGUGCUAUCACCGAGCGCUUCGUAAGGCUUCGCCAGAUGAACAAGGACAAGGUACCCGGUACGCCUGCUAAGAACAAGGUCAAGAUCGUCUCUACGCCGACUUCAUCUGCCAGGAAGCGUAAGGUGAAUAAGGCUCAGUCUGAGGAGGAGGAAUCCGACGCCGAGAGUCACAGGACCCCGAGCUCGGAUUACAUCACCCCGAAGUCGCGCAGGACCAACGCUGGCGGUCAUGCUUCGAAUGCAAUGAGCGAGCUGCCAAAGACGCCCGAUGGAGAAGUUGAUUGGAAUGAGAUCGCUCGCCGCAAGGGAAUUGAGACGCCCAGUAAGAAGCCGGUGCCGAUUAAGAAGGAGCCGAACCCCGACGAUCUUUUCGACGAUGUCGAAUUUGCUCGCCAGUUCCAGCAUGCCCGUCAGCUCCGUGGUGAGAUCAAUGCCAAUGCCUCCGGCGGCAUUUUUGAGUCAAGUUAUGCUAUGGGAGGCUACGAUAUGCCGACGCCAAUCUCCGGCACGCAGAGCUCGCUCGGUAACUCGCCUAGUGCCAUGGAUGGCAACCACGAUGACAUGGCCUUCAAUCCCUUUGGCAGUGGUCAUGGAAUGGACUUGGGCAUAGGUAUGGAUGAUAUGGAAAACAUGAACGACAUUGCUAUGACCACAACUGGUAUGGGCAUAGGCAUGAAUGUCACAGCUGGUCAACACCACCUCGGCAUGAUGAUGAUGCCACAGGAUUUCCAGUUCCACAACCCUAUCCAAUCCGCCGAGACUCUAGUCCGAGAUGCGCAGCAGCUGAAUCUUUCCCCAUCUAACUCCUUCGGUCGGCCUUGUUUAUCCGGUAUCCCGACCCCGAGGAAGCUGUUCAGCUCCAGCGCUAGCGGAAAAUCUGCAGUCAGACCCGCUCAUAUUUCUAUUUCGGCCCCCCCUAGCGACCUCUCUUUCGGUCAAUUAGGAACGGGAUCCGGAGCCGCCAACCCAGGAAGCCACUCCCCAGUCCUCGAGCGUCGAGUCCGCACUCCACGUAAGGCAUCUGAGGGAGUCCAAGCCUACAUCAAAUACCAAAAAGAAGACGAUCGCGCCCACGGAGAUCGCACCAGCGAUGAAGACAGUGCCGAAAGCGAAUUCGAAGAAGAUUCGGACGAGAUCUAG